GGUUCUGUCUCUCGUCUGGCAUAACAAUGUAAUUAUUCAAUAAAUUACACCAAUAAAUUGAAUUUCUUAGACGUGUGGAAGUAAAAUCAUUUUUUGAUGGGAAAUUAUGAGAGACAUUUGUUUCUUCUUUGAUAUAUUUCCCUUUAGAUAAAUAUUACGAUAAAUAUUCUCAAUUUUUCAUGGAUUUAUAAAUAAAUUAUAAAAAAUAAAUUUCACUUGAUCUCAACGUCUUUAAACUUUUAUUUUUACAAUAAAUGAGAAAACGAAUUUUCGAAUCAUCAUAUUCCAGAAAAAAUUUUUCUCAAAUAUAGAGCAACGGUUACGUAUACGUUACAUAGCGAACGAACGUAAGAUCAAUCCAUAUUAGAGACCAUUGUGACGCGUUUUAUCGAUCAGUGAAACACCCACAAAGGUGACGUCAUAUUAACCACGUUCUCCCACGCAAAGCCGGCAAGAAACUUAAGGAUCCCGUUUAAGAGAACAAGGAAGAAACGAAUUUCGUUUUCUCCAAGUUCGAGACAUCGUCUGGAGGCUUGGAUAGUUUGACAUUGACACACUUCGUCAUCAACACCACUCUUCUCCGUUCUCUUUUCGUUUCUCUACAAUGUAUAUACUUUUACCGCAAUAAAUAUCACUAGUUCGUGGGGAUUUUUAUUUUUAUUUCGUGACUAGAGCGACAGAUUUUAUGAAAACAAAAAUAAAGCAAUAAAAAUCGAUUGAAGAUUGAAAUCAGAUCAUUUUGUCAAAUUUUAUUCGCCUGUUUAAGAAAAAAUAACGAAGAUAUUAUAUUUAUAUUUUAUUUAACAUUAUUUAACAUUAUUACAUACCUCUAAUAUGUAAAUGAAGACUGAAAAGGAGAUAGAAACGAAGGCUGCAAUCCCAUCUUAUUUAUUUUCAUUGCCCACUGGUAAUGAACGCCUACGAUUCCGUGACUCAAUAAUAAAACUAGAUUUUAUCAUAUUAGGAAAUUUUUGUCGAGGAGGGAAUGAACUCAUCGUUUUUCUUCUUUUUUUUUUUUUUUUCAAAUUCAUUCGUCGAUUCACAUUUAAAUCUGAUCAUCUUCAUUUUCCGCGAAUUUCCUAAAUAGAUAUUUAGAUAUAAUACAAUGAAAUAUCGCGGAAUAUUAUUACCUCGAGAAAAGGGUGUGAUUCAAUCUUCCCCCAUUGGUUUCUGUCUAACUAUAUCGCGCUUAUCCUUACAUCGUCACGUUGACGGAUUGCGAGAAAACAUUCCACACUGUUUGAUUCAUCGGAACUCGUCGACGAGUACGAAACCGGCAAAACUAUUUAUGAACAAUAAGGAGGCGUUUGUGAUGCGUCGCUCCAUUCAGUUCGGCGCGUGUGACGCGGUGCAACGUGCGAAAAUAGCAGUCGGCAUCAUUUGCAGCAGUGAUUUAAUGCCACGAAAAAAAUCUCACGUAGUUCCACGAGACGUAAACAGAAAGUUAUGUAUGUAGUAACUGGCGGCCUUCGGAUCUCUCCUGUUGCCCAAAUUAAAAGCACCUGAAUGUUCACGCGUGAUUAACAAGAAUGUAGAGCGACGCGUACGAGGAGAAAAUGGAACGUAAAUGAUCGUCACGCGUGAUACGAUUGCGAUGAGGGACUGGAUUGGUGUAUGAAAAAAAAAAAAGAAUGUUGAAUUUGAAUUGUUCUGCGAAGUGAACCGUACGAAAAAUGCGCACGAGUUUGUUGAAAAUAAAAAUAAUCUUGAGAUGGUUUUUUCCUCUAUAAAAAGAAAAAAAAAGAAUGAUGUGUAAAGUAUAAAGAAACGCAUUUUGUUUUCUUAAUAGUUCUCGAGAAAAUGGCAUAAUAAUAUUUUAUGUUGUUCAUUUUGUACUCACUCGUGUCGAAGAAUAAUAAUUCAUAGUUCAUUCAUAACGAUAUAUUUCUUCAAUUUGUAUUUAAUUUAAUUUAAAAUAGUCUCUUUCUUAAAUUAUAAUAAUUGUAGUUUUGUUUGAGAAAUAUUUUUCUCGAUUUUAAUUUAAUAUAAAUAUUAUUGAACGACGGGGAUAAAAUAUAUUCAUCAAUAAAAUGUCGUUAAAUAUAGAGACUAUUAAAGAUUAAGUAAUUUUACCAGAAGACAAAUCUGCAUAAUCGGGUCGACAUGAUAAUUGACGUCUUGAUAUUUUCACGAGCAGUGUUGAUUUAAAAAUACCCUUGAUUCACCAUGUAAUCUAAUCAUUCAAUUAAUAUCGUGCAAAAAGGAUUAUCCCGUGAAUAUUUUUCAUUAAUAACAUUUUAUGACUAUGAUGUAAAAAUUCGAAUUAUUAAAAAUUGUUUUAUUAAAAAAAAAUUAAUCCUUCUAGAGAAAAUUGCAUACAUAAUAAAUUUUUUUGUACAAGUAUUUUUAUAUAAUGAUGAGGAAAUGAAAUUUUUCGAAAUUUGAUACCGAAAUCAAAUCUUCUAUCCAUGUAUGUAUGCACAUCUUCGAGUUAAAGAUAAUCAAUAAGGAAAUGAUCAUAUGAUCAUGUAUUAGUCAUCAUCUUUCAUAUAAAACACAAUAUAACAGAUAAUUCGAGUACGGAAUCAUAAUAUAAUCGCCCACUGAUACUUUUUAUUGUUAGAUCAUAUUUAUUAAGAAACAUUGUGUGCUAUAUGUAUAAUAAAAUAUAAAACUUAAAAUAUUUUACAUUAUUUUAUAAAAUAGGACAAUUGAUGAUAAUAUAAAAUUUAUACUUUUCUCUUAUUAUUUUUCUACCAAUAAUUUUGAUAAAAAUAGAAAAUAAUAUAUCUUACAAAUAAAUAAUAAAUCUAAUUUAUAAUAUUUGAAUUAUUUGCAAAAAUCGUAUCAAACAAAUUUUUCUCGAAUCUGAUUUAAACUUCGUGAAAUUUCGUUCUCGGUUUGGACCGCGUGCACGAUCCGAGCGUUUCCGGAAAAUACCGAGCAACAACGAACUCCCACGAACAGUUGAGGGACAGCGUCGCGACAAUCGCGACUAUUUAAGGAGGAUUCGGUAAGGCGCGCUCAUUCUUAGGCGAGACAUCGUGUAGUACGGUUGUACGUGAUCGAAAACGAUAUUUGCAAUAAUCAAAGUCGUUCGCGAUAGCAGUGCUUCUUAUUGAUACAUCGAGCUCGUACAUCUUUCAGUGGCUUUUGGUGUAAGGAAACACAAGUGUGACUUAUACAAAAAUCAUGGCUGACAGUGGUAUCAAGCGUAAUAUUCCUAUCAAGCUCGGUGACUUCAGCGUAAUAGACACCGAAUUUUCCAACAUACGGGAACGCUUCGACGCUGAGAUGAGAAAGAUGGAGGACGAGAUGUCACGAUUCAGAAGCGAACUGAUGAAUCGCGAAAGCAACAACUUCUUUAAGAGUACUACCAGUCGACAUCACACGAGCACCAGCGAACACCGUACCUCGACGACCUCGAAGAGCGAAGGUUGGGACAAGGUCGAUCCUGCAGCACCGCCAACGCGGUCCGCAUUCGACAGCUUCAAAAGCACCACAACGCAGAGCACUCAAAACAGUUCUCUCAGCCCCCCUCACGACUCGGCAUGGCUCGAUGGGUUGAACAGCCCGCUCAUUCAGGACGAAGGGGACAGCAAAUGCCUGAAACUUCGAUUCGACGUCUCCCAGUAUACGCCUGAGGAGAUCGUUGUCAAGACCGUGGACAACAAACUAUUGGUCCAUGCAAAACACGAAGAGAAGACAGAGAGUAAAUCAGUGUACAGAGAGUACAAUCGUGAAUUCCUGCUGCCCAAAGGAACCAAUCCUGAAAGUAUCAAGUCUUCGUUGAGCAAGGAUGGCGUGCUCACCGUCGAAGCUCCGCUUCCGGCGAUUGGUACAGGCGAGAAACUUAUCCCAAUUGCGCAUCAGUAGAUGCCCAAUCGACCAGUCGAACGCACGAAAAAAAACGAAUUUUUAAAAUCCCCUUCGAAAUUCCAUCAUUCGCGUGUCCAUUAGAUCGCUUCCUUCCUAUCUUUUCCAUGUGAAUCCAUCAAUUCCCUUAAAAUCCUCUUUUUUUUUUUGUAAUUUUUUUUUUUAUCAAAUUUCGUUUCUUCCUUUUUUUUUUCUUUCAUUUUUUUUCUUUUUUUCAUUCGCUGUGAACACCCGUUUUUCUCCCCUAUUUCUCAAUUUACUCGAACGAUAUUUACUCCUUUCCUUUUUAAUUCGAAGGAACGUUACGAAUUUUUAUUUUUAUUUUUGUUUUGUUUUUUCUUUUUUUUUUAAUUUUUUUGAUUGAAACGAUCGAGAUUCUAUAUCCAAUGUUCAGAUUUCGAAAUAAAAGAUGUAGAAAUUGGAUUAUAACAAAGAAUAAUGAAAAAGCGAGGUUCGCAGCGAAACAUACCAAAUAUAUCUGCGAAUUAUAGUUUUUCUCCGCAAGGAAAUAUAAAAGAAACUCUAUUCAAGCAUCUUUUGUGCUUCGAACAAGACAAACAAAAUGUUCUAACAAUUCUAUAUCGGAUGAUCAAAUGUAUUAAAUGUAAUGUUCAGUCUUUUUAGAAAUUUAUAUAUAUACAUAUAUAUAUUUAUAUAUUUUUUAAACAUAAAUUCAAAGCCUUUUAUGUUAAGAAACAAAACAUAACCUGAAAAUAUUUAUAAACAACGAUAAUCAAAUGUUAGAAAAACGAGUUAUUCGAAGUAUAUAAGAUGUCAUAAAUACAUUCAGCAUCCAUGAGAUUUGUAUAAAAAGAUUACUCUAUACAUAUUUGAUAUGCAAUGUUUCUUUUUUCGAUCAGCUUUUUAUUGCUUUAUGUAUACAUGUAUGUAUAUGUCUGUUUUUACGAUUGUAUCGACAGAUGAUAACUCCGAAUAACAAAGAAAAAAUCGAUUUGUUCGAAGAUCAAAUUAUAAUCAACAAAAAAAAUACGAACAUAUACAUAUAUAUACAUAAAUAAUGAUAAUCAUAAUAUAAACGACGCAUGGACGUUGUGUAAUGGUAGGAAAAUGAAAGAUAUUUGAUAAAUUAUUCUCUUUUUGGUACCAAGUAGCUUUUUGACGCUUUGAUAUGAUACUUUCUUUUUAGAAGUAAUACUUUUUUCUUUGAAAACACGCAUUGCCUUUAAUAUAUAAAAAAAAAAAAAAAUAAAACAAAAAAAAAACAAAUAUAAGUCUUUGUGCUUCGUGAAAAAUCCGAACAAUGUAGAAAAAAACAUUGUAAAAUAUUGUGCACCAAGUUCGUCGAUAAAAAAGAAUAUGAUGCGCGAUCAUAACGCAAAAAGGAAAGUGAUCUUUUGUGAAACGAAUAUAUGAAACAAUAAUUUAUGUAUGUGUUAGUUUUUAGGUGUACUACAUUAAAAGACUAUAACACAAGAAUGCUUAAAAUAUGUUAAGCAUUGUAAUGAUUAUUAUUAUUAUUUAUGAAUAUUUUACUAUUGUCGAGAUACGUAUGAUGUUUAAAAGGUAAUGCGAACAAUGUGAAAGUUUAAAUAAAAAUAAACUUUAAAGAUAA